GCGGGGUUUCGCCGUCCUCCGUCUUCUUCCCCUCUCUCGCGCCGAAUCCCGAGAAAAACCGCAGGAGGGUUUAUUUUUUUUAUUUUUCUUUUUUUUUCUCCACAUUAUUUUUCUUGGAUUUUUUAAUUCCAUUCUUCUCAUCCCGCUUCCGGAGGAAGAACAAGAAGACAAACGGUUGAGAUCUCCUCUCGAAGAAGAACGAUUUGUUUACGGAGCAGCAUAUCAGCAAUCUAUAUAGAGAAUCUUAUCUGGGACCCCAAAGGGUGGGUGAUUUCCAUAUGAUUUAAUUCAUCACAUCCAGAGAGGGAUGGAGCUGAGCAGAGGGCUAAAGAUUCAGCAGCAGCAGCAGCAGCAGCAGGAGCAGCAGAUGGGGGUGGAGAAGCAGCAGCAGCAAGGAGGAGGUUGGGUGCUCGGCACGCCGGCUUUUGUGCCGAGCAUGGGCCAGCAAAAGCUGUGCGAUGUCGCCGCUGCAUGUAGCAGCAGCAGCAGCAGCAGGAGCAGCAGCAGCUGUCUGAUGCCGGCAGCGGCCAGGGCGGCUUCACAGUCUGGAAACCAAUCUCAAACCCACAAUGCAGGUGGCUACUUGCAGGCCCCCAGCAAUUUUCUUGUGUUCUCCCAGCACCCCCUUACUACUGGGAACACCCUGCUGCCUGGGGGCCAUAACAAGGGUCCCACCCUUGCGCCGAAUGUUUUUGUCGCCGCGCUUUCGUCGAAUCCAUCCUCCUCAUUACCUGAAAGAAGAGUUCGUAUGGAUGCAGCGAGCGGAUCAGCACCGUCGCCGUUGGCCCCGAUCACUCCAGAUAAGUCUAAAAGCAUGCCCGAGCCUACGCAGCGCGAACAUGUUAGUUCGGCCGGUGCAGCCCGCGAUGAGGAGGAGCACAAGAAACAACAGACUGGCACGCCGCAAUGCUGCGCAGCGGUUAAUGCUGACCGAAGUCCCACGAGGCCGGAAGCUCCUAUAACACCUGAUAACGGUGAGGGAAUUCCUCGUUUACUCGCCGGAAAGGAAGGGCCUUUGCCGCACGAAGGUGAGCUUCACAUGCAUUCAUCGUCCGCUUCCGCUCAGCAGUUGGAUGACGAGAAGGAUCCGGCGAAGAAAAGCCAAGCUCUCCGAGCCAUGAGCUCGGACCGCACGACUGGCCAGAAGCCGAGGAGGAAGAAGCACAGGCCGAAAGUCAUUCGAGAAGGGGAGAAAACGAAAACACCGAAGCCCUCGACGUUACAGGCGGAGGAAACGCCUGUAGAGACAGCUAAGAGAAGCCAUGUGGGAGAAAAGAGAGGCUUUGACUCCGACUCCGAUGGUGCUAGAUCAGUUAAGCGGAGAUUGCAAUUUGAAUCCGAGGAGGGGCCGACUUCAACAAUGACUGAAGCGAAAUUUUCUGGCGAAGAGGAAUUGACAUGUACGCGAGCUCCUGCUAGUGACAAAACUGGGUCGACAGUACUGCUCGGACAAGGACGGCAAGCGGGGGUGGUGAAUUCACCGGCAGGAGCUAUGUUUGAUCUCAAUCAUUCAACACAACUUCUUGGAUCAUUUAAAAGACCUGUUCUCAUGGAAAAUCUGACGUAUCUCCGUAGAAAGCUACAAAAUGCAACCAGCGUCGAGAGUUCUUCUGAAUAUGUUGGACAAUCUGAGCCGCAUAUUCUGCAGAAGAAUGUAGAUACGGAUAGCAAGAAUGGAGUGAUUUACAGACGAGAUAAUAAGAACAUGACAGGAGCAGAGUUGGACAGUGUUCAACUUGGUAGCACUCAAAUUCAGCUCCCGGACAAGGCGCCGGCUGAAGCGCACGCACGUUUUGGCGAGAUAUACAGGAGGCGGCGGCAUAGAGGAGAGCAAUGUGAACAUCAGAAAUAUAAUUCGAGGGAGAUCACUUCUAUGGAACCGCAGAGCUCGAUGACGAAUAAAUUGCAAGCUCCGGAGGGGAUAUUAGCGUGCGUACAAGGCGGAAGAAUUACAAAGAAGAGAUCAAUUCGACCCCGAAAGUUGUUCUCGAUUGCUAUCAACUAUUCCCUAAAUAUGUUUUGGCCAGCACAUCUCAAAUCACCUCAAUCCUGCUUGGAGGCCUUGCUUGCAAGCACCAGUAUGAAAAUAAAAACCAAAAAGCGGACCAAAAAGGGACAAGCUUACGUUCUUACUUCCGGUCCAUCAAACACAGGGCAGGGAGAUAACACAAUGAUUGGCAACAAUUUUUCGAAACAAUCUGUCGAACAAACUGUGCUUGAAGAAGGUUUUGGAGAAAGAAAUAUGCCUUUUGCCCUGAUCACUUACGUGCAAGACGCAGAGAGCAGCAACAAAGCUCAAGAACUAGCACAAACCAGCCUAACAUCUGGAGAAAUAGUACCGUAUGUCGAUCCCCUAGAGGACAUUAUAUCGAAUAUGAAGCAUCUUCAUCUAAGUACAGAGCAGGUUCAUACAAUUUUUGACCCAGGAAAUGCACUUGUUCCUUGCGGCGGCAGCAUGAUUGUUCCUUACGAGAACCCCUUGGAUUUGCUCAAGAAACGGCGCCCUCGAGCCAAAGUAAAUUUAGAUAAUGAGACAAAUAGGGUAUGGAAGCUUUUGAUGGGGAAAAAAGGCAUCGGGCCACCAGAGGGUGUGGAUAUAGACAAAGAGAAGUGGUGGGAGCAGGAAAGGCAAGUCUUCCAAGGCCGUGCAGAUUUGUUCAUCAAAUGCAUGCGACUUGUUCAAGGGGAUCGGCACUUUUCUCCCUGGAAAGGAUCAGUCGUUGACUCAGUGGUGGGCGUUUUUCUAACUCAGAACGUUUCUGACCAUCUCUCAAGUUCUGCCUUCAUAUCCCUUGCUGCAAGAUUUCCUCGACAGACAAAAGACAGUAAUACCAACCAAAGUGCAGGGGAGAUGGGAGAACCAGUCUCACAGGAUGAAAGCAACCAAGUCAAUAAUUGCAAACAAAGUGAAGGAGAAACGAGAGAACCGGUCUCACAGGAUGAAAGAAACCAAGCUUUUGAUGAUGCCAAACAACGCAAAAACCUCUCUGGCUCAGAGAUGCAUCACCCGGACUCUUCUCUGACUCGUGAUGACAAACUCAUGGACAAGAAAGGAAAGGCCAGCACUAGUGAGUUGGCAGGAGGAAGUGUAGAAGCCCAGAAAAUAAAUGAACCAGAGAGUGUAGGUUUGCAUGCCCCUCUAGUGACGGAUAUAGGUCUUGCAACUCAAGAAAGCAGACAGGACUCCUCGACGCAGUUAUCAGAAAGCACCGAAUCUGAAGUCAACAAAAUGUCGCAGGAGGAGUUGAUAGCAUCACAAACUUCUGUUACUUCCCCAGAGAGCUGCAUAGAUUUCCUCAUAAAGACGACUGAUCAAUCACAAGAUAAAUUAGAGUCAAUUCCUCAAAAUGAUAUGACGGAUACCAUAGUUGUAUUGCAAAGCUCUAUUUCUUCACCAGAGACCACUAUGGAGUGCCAUAUUGAUGCAAAUGUUCGGCAACAAUCCAGAUUAGACCCAAAAUCUAAGCAAGAAGAAAGCAGUAUGAGUUCUACCGCUUAUGCAACGAAAACUUGUAACCUCGAAGUUAAAGAUGGCGACAUCAGGUCUUCAUUAGAAACCACAGGAAAUGAAGCUUCAGAUCCGAUGCAGGACUCUCAAGCGCAUGAAUCAUCCUCAAACUCUUGCGAUCAUGUAAAUCCAAAGGUUCCUCUAGCAGCUGAUUAUAAAGAAGAGAGCAGUUUUCAGAAUGUUCUGCCAGAGAUGACAAUUAAUAUGAUAGAACAGAAGAGGGCAAAGGCUGCAACGGAAAAGGCCCAGAGUUUCGACUGGGAUAGUUUGCGGAGGCUGGCUUGUAGUGAGGGCUACAAGAAUGAAAGAAACCCCGAGAGAAAUGACUCCCUAGACUGGGAAGCGGUGCUGCGUGCUGAUGUAAAUGAAGUUUCUCAUGCCAUUCGAGAACGUGGAAUGAACAACGUGUUGGCUGAGCGUAUCAAGGGUUUCCUAAAUCGGUUGGUGAAUGAUCAUGGAAGCAUUGACCUUGAAUGGUUAAGAUAUGUCCCGCCAGAUAAAGUAAAGGAUUACCUCCUCAGCAUACGGGGAUUGGGACUCAAAAGUGUUGAGUGUGUCCGCCUUCUAACUUUGCAUCAUGUAGCAUUCCCGGUUGAUACCAAUGUUGGUCGUAUAUGCGUAAGGCUGGGGUGGGUACCACUUCAACCGCUUCCGGAGUCUCUGCAAUUGCAUCUUCUAGAACUGUAUCCAAUGUUAGAGACUAUUCAAAGAUACCUUUGGCCUCGGCUGUGUCAACUUGACCAAGAGACAUUGUAUGAGCUACAUUAUCAGAUGAUUACUUUCGGAAAGGUUUUCUGUACUAAAAGUAAGCCAAAUUGUAACGCAUGUCCAAUGAGAGGCGACUGCAAGCACUUCGCAAGUGCCUUUGCUAGUGCUAGACUUGCGCUUCCAGGACCAGAGGAGAGAAGUUCAGAGGCUGCAGCAAAUCCUGCUGACACGCAUGGUGAGAAUCAUGCUGUAUACAGUUUGAUGCCCUUACCUCCAGCUGACGGGAGUAGCUACUCGAGAGGCGUUAUUGUCAGCAAUUGUGAACCAAUUAUUGAAGAGCCAGCAAGUCCGAAAGAAGAAAAUGCAGAUGGUUUAGAAAGAGAAAUAGAAGAUGCCUUUUAUGAAGAUUCUGACGAAAUUCCCACCAUAAAGAUCAACUUGCAUGAGUUUACACAAAACAUAGAAGAGUGUAUCAAAGAAAGCAACAAUGAUCUCCAAACCGAGGAUAUUACAAAGGCUUUAGUUGCUAUUACUACAGAAGCUGCUUCAAUCCCGGCGCCUAAGCUCAAGAAUGUGAGCCGCCUCCGAACAGAGCAUCAAGUCUAUGAGAUUCCGGACUGGCACAUCCUUUUGAAAGAGCUAGAGCUGGAGGAAAGAGAACAUGGUGAUCCAUGCCCUUACCUGCUAGCAAUACGGAUGCCAGGUGACGUAGAUCAAUCAACUGAACUGCCAAAAACAGACUCCAGUUCUCAAUGCACAAGCAAAUCGUGCAACAAAGAGGCAGGUUAUGAAUGUUGUCGUGAACGAGAAAAUCAAGCUCAAUAUGUUAAAGGCACAAUUUUGAUACCUUGCCGAACAGCAAUGAGGGGAAGCUUUCCACUUAAUGGCACUUAUUUCCAAGUUAAUGAGGUGUUUGCAGAUCAUCAUUCUAGCCACAACCCCAUUGAUGUUCCGAGGAACUGGAUAUGGAACUUGAAAAGGCGGACCGUGUACUUUGGAAGCUCAAUACCAACAAUUUUUAGAGGUCUAACAACUGAAGGCAUACAACACUGCUUUUGGAGAGGAUUCAUCUGCAUAAGAGGAUUCGAGCGACGAACUCGGGCACCGAGGCCUUUGUGUGCAAAGUUGCACCUCGCAGCUAGCAAAGUACCGAAGAGCAAGAAGACGCCACCAAAGGAAAAGAGCUAGGCCACGGAAAAGUACGAAAAAUCGAAACACCAUAGAUGGUGGAUUAAGAAUUUGCCCGAGUAACAAUUUGUGUAUAUAUCAACCUCUCUGCAGUGACAAACCGACCCGUUGCAUGCUUAAUCUUUUAGCUCCGUUGCAUGCUUAAUCUUUUAGCUGGUUUAGAGGGAUUUACUUCAAUACACCGCAUGCAUUUCACACUAUCUUGAGGAAAGAACAAAAGGCGCCAUGCAAAAUCUGAGUCUAACAGGCUAUAUAAUAUGUACACUAGCUAGGAAGUAACUGAUAAAUGGUGCUAAUGUUACUGUAUAGUAUCAAUUCCUCUUGUUGCGGAGUCUUUAGGAUCUGAGAUCAGAAACUGAUGUUUUAUCUGUAUCGUAUCCCGUCCUUUUAUUCUUUCA